GCCCGCAGAUCGGUGGGCUGCGACGUCGGUGCUGCUUCGUGACGGCGCCCCCGCGAUGUCAUCCCACAUAGGUCUGCCCUUCGGGCCCGCGGCGCCCGGGCGUGGGUGGAGUCGCAUGGGGGCGGCUGAGUCGGACAUCGCGCAUCGCGUGCUCUUACUGCCGAUGGCCACGUACGUCGAUGAUUUUCUUGCCGCGGGCCAAGCUGGAGCGGCGGAACGCGCAGUUGGGUCGACUGCCAGGCUGGUGCGCGACGUGCUCGGUGAGCCCGCCAUCGCGGAGGCCGAACCGGAGGCGACAGGCGUCGCGUUGUGGCCGAGCCCGGACAAGUUGGCAGAGUGGCGCGCCAAGUGCGCCGAUGCGUCGGCCUCGGGGGCGAUGACUGCGGGCGACGCGUCCCAGCUGCAAGGUGGCGCUGAUCUCCACCUGGCACUCUCGUGGUGGAUGCGCGUGUUGAACUUGAACCUCCGGCGCGUCGCCUCGUGGUCAGGCGUUUCGCGCGUGCGCGGGUCGCCGCUUGCGGUGCUGCUGGCCGACGCAGCUUCGCACCCGGCGCGGCUGGCGGCGGUUCUCGUCGCGGGCAACGAGGUUUUCUGGACGGGCGCCGCCCCGCCGAGCGAACUCACGCGCUGCUUUGGAAAGAGACCCAGCAGUCAGAGGAUGGCGCUCGAACUCGCAGUCGGUAGCCUGGGCCUGUCAACGUUUGCUGACCGUCUCGCGGGCAUGCAGGUGGUCGCUUCCUCCGACAACGUUGGAGCGGAGUGCGCCUUCUGGACUGCGAACCCGCACUCCUUUGACCGCGCGCGGAUCGUGCAUGCGGCAUCGUUGCUGCUAGCAGAGGCCGAGGCGCAGUCCUGGUUCAUGCGCCUGCC